UUGUCAUUGCUCGCGGGAGUUACGUUCCAAACGUCACCGUUGUGCCCCUCCAUCCGCACUUUGGUGUGAAAUCAAGAGCCGCAUUAUGCUACACUGAUAGCACAAACGGGAAGGAAUUGACCCGUAUUACUUACCCCUCAAGAUAAAUACAACUAUCUCAAACCUAUCUCCAAUUCAGCUUCAUCAGUUUAUGACCAUAUAUAUCAUCAAUCGCAGUAUAUAACCGUGUCCGUAAUUCUAGUCGCAAUCGCAGCUGUCACAAUAAUGGCCUUUACGAUGCCUAACUUCGCAUCGCGGCUCUUCCGACCUUUCAUGUCUAGUACGCGCUUGGGGAUAACCGCCGAUACGCACGCGGGCACCAACGGAACGUCCGCAGUCCCCGAGGGCGCCGAGAAAGCUACCCUCGCUGCCGGAUGCUUCUGGGGCGUAGAGCACCUGUAUCGUAAGCACUUCGACGGCAAGGGCCUCUACGACGCCCGUGUCGGCUACACCGGUGGGGAUCUAAGAGGUCCGACCUACCGUGCCGUGUGCUCGGGGCAAACAGGCCACGCCGAGAGUGUACAGCUGCACUACGACCCUUCGCGCAUAACCUACCGGCAGAUCCUCGAGUUCUUCUACCGGCUACACGAUCCGACGACGGCUAACCGCCAGGGCCCUGAUGUCGGACCUCAGUACCGCAGCGCCAUCUAUUACCACAGCCCUGAGCAAGAGCGCAUCGCGCGCGAGACCACGCAACAGGCCAGUGAGCAAUGGUAUAAGGGCGCUAUUGUUACUGAAAUCGUGCCCGCUGAGCAGUGGUGGGAUGCUGAGGAUUACCAUCAGCAGUAUCUGCAUCAUAAUCCUUCGGGCUAUGAGUGUCCGACCCACUUUCUGAGGACGUUCCCGCCGCUGGAGUGAUGUGGAAGUCAUAAGCAGCUGGUGUAGUUUACCGCGUCAUGUCUUGUAACGAAUCUAAUCAUCGUGAUACUAAGUCCUUAACAUGGCUAGCUGUGCGAUUUUAGAAACAUGUUGGGAAUGUCGCAAAACUCGGUACUUGAGACAUAUUAGCAUAUAUGGGCCUAGGAGGGAUAGACGCCAAAUGAUUCGUGUAGGCUUCAAAACUGGAGGUUGAUACUCUCC